UAUAUAAGGCAUGCUGAGGCCGCCUCACGCUGUUCCAGGCUCUUGUGUAUCUUCUAGCGGAGCCACUGUGUUCACGGCUUAGAGGACCAGGAGAAGGGGCGGCAGAGCCACCUACUGCACGCUGGAGGCUGCAGCCUGCUGUACCGCGGCUGGCCUCGCUGCAGUGGGUGGUGGUGACGGAAACUGCAGCGGCUGGAGCGAAGGACAUGCACUGUCGUCGCAACAGUGAUGAGCUAAAAAUUAAUUGCUGACAUUUGAAAACCACCAAACCAAUACAUAAGUCCCAGAGGUGAGGGACACUGGAGAGUGGAUUCUUGUGCCCCAGGCUGGUGGGUAGGGAACGGGGGCUUCAUGAAGUCCCUAGAGAGCUGGAGAAAAGGGAAAGAACACAAACUCAGCAGGUGGUGGGGGACGGGCAGUCCCCACAGACACGGGGUGGGCCUGGCAGCUCCCAGUGGGCACUCACUCACCCAGAGGGUGUUCAUUAAAGACCACCAAGUAUGGCCAGGAACAGUGGCCUAUGCCUGUAAUCCCAGCGCUUGGGGAGGCCACGGUAGGAGGAUCACCUGAGGUCAGGAGUUGGAGACCAGCCUGGCCAACGUGGUGAAAUACAAAAAUUAGCUGGACAUGGUGCUGUGAACCUGUAAUCCCAGCUACUAGGGAGGCUGAGGCAAGACAAUUGCUUGAACCUAGGAGGUGGAGGGUGUAGUGAGCCAGGAUCAUACCGCACAUGCCAGCCUGGGCAACAGAGUGAGACUCUAUCUCAGGAAAAACAAAAACAAAAGCUGGGCGCAGUGGCUCACACCUGUAAUCUCAGCACUUUGGGAGGUGGAUCAUCUGAAGUCAGGAGUUCAAGACCAACCUGUCCAGCAUGGUGAAACCCUGGCUCUACUAAAAAAAUAUAAAAAAUUAUCCAUAUCCAGGCUUGGUGGCUCACACCUGUUGUUUCAGCACAUUGAGAGGCUGAGGCAGCAGGAUCACGAGGUCAGGAGUUCGAGACCAGUCUGACCAACACGGUAAACCCUGUCUCUACAAAGAGUACAAAAAUUAGCCAGGUGUGGUGGUGGGUACCUGUAAUCCCAGCUACUUAGGAGGCUGAAGCAGGAGAGUUGCUUGAAUGCUUGAACCUAGAAGGCAGAGGUUGCAAUGAGCUGAGAUUUUGCCUCCAAACUCCAGCCUGGUCAACAAGAGUGAAACUGUCUCAAAAAAAGGCAAGUGCCAGCAUGUACUGGGGGAUCCCAGACCGCCAUGAGCCCGACUGCAGGGCAGGGAGGAAGGAGGGGAGAAGGGAGUGACUCUGGGCACUUGGGCCAGGCUUGUAGUGAGGGUCUCAGUCUGCUAAGGGUGCUGGGUAUGAGGAGCUGUGGUGAGGAGAGAGUCAUGAACUCCCCCAGUCAUGGAAUGUCCCAGAACAGCUGUGCAAGAAAAGAGUAUGAGAGACCAGAGGCAGAGAGCAGCUGCUCUCUGGGCCUUGGGCCCCUCUCUCUGGGCUCCCCCACCCCACCAGUGACUCUUCCCACCACCAGUCUUGUCAACCCCUUUCUCCUCAGUACUAGAGGGUGGCCACACAGUCACCCUCUACUAACUUGCAGCCACACCCUGGCUCCUCAGAGCAGCACCAACAUGGGGGCUCCACAGGGCAUCACCUGUCUCCCAGCCCAGACCCUGGCACCUUCCUGCUGCUCGAUCCUCUUCUUGCCUUUCCUCAAGUGUCUCCCUGCUUCCAUUUCUCUCCUUCCUUGCUUACUUCCACCUCCUGCCUCCCAGCCCAGCCCCAACCUUUUCCACCUGACCUUGGUGACACACCCCUCCAUCCCUCCCUCCCUUCCUUUCCUCCCUCGCUCCCUCCCUCCCUUCCCCUACUUCUCUCCUCUUUCUUUCUUUCCUUAUUUCCUUUUUCCUUUUUUCCUUUGUUUCUUUCUUUCUCUUUCUAUUUUCUUCCUCCCUUCCCUUCCCCUUCCCCUUCUUUCUUCCUUCCUUCUUUCCUUCCCUCCUUCCUUUUUCCCUUCCUCCCUCCCUUCCUUUCCCCACUUCUCUCCUUUUUCUUUCCUUCCUUUCUUCCUUUCUUCUUUUUUCUUCUUUCUUUCUCUUUCUUCCUUUCUUUCUUCCUCCCUUCCCUUUGCACUUACACUUCCCUUUCUCCUUCCUGCCCUCCUCCUUCCUUCCUCCAUUCCUUCAUUCCCCAACUUCUUUCCUCUUCCUUCCUUCUUUCCUUUCUUUCUCAUCUUCCUUUCUUUCUUUAUAUCUUUGUUUAUCCUUCCUUCCUUUCUCUUUCUUUCAUUCUUUCCUCUCUUUUCUUCCUUUCUCUUUCCAUCUUUCUCUCUUGUUCUUUCUUCCUCUCUUCCCUUCCCCUUACACUUCCAACUCCCUUUCUUCUUCUUUCCUUCUUUCCUUCCUCCUUUUAUUCCCCCACUUCUUUCCCUUUCCUUCCUUCCUUGCUUUCCCCUCUUUCUUUCUCUCUUCUUUUCUUUAUGUCUCUUUCUUUCCUUCUUUCUUUCCUUCCUUUCUCUCUUUCUUUCAUUGACUCUUUCCUUCUCUUUUUUCAUUUCUUUCUUUGGAGGUCAAGGUGGAUGGCUCUCCUGAAGUAAUGAGUUUGAGCCCAGCUUGGCCAACAUGGUUAAACCCCGUCUCUAAAAAUACAAAAAAAUUAGCUGGGCAUGGUGGCAGAUGCCGGUAAUUCCAGCUACAUGGGAGGCUGAAGCAGGAUAAUUAGUUUAAUCUAAGAGGCAGGGGUUGCAGUGAGCCAGAAUUACACCAUUGCACUCCAGCCUGGGUGACAAGAGCAAGACACCGAAUUAAAAAAUAAUAUGAAUAAGUAGGAGGAGGAGAAAAAACAGCCAGAAGAGGGGGAGGAGGAACAGCCAGGCAUGGUGGCUCACACCUGUAAUUUGAGGAGGAGAAACAGCCAGGUGAGGUGGCUCAUACCUGUAAUAGGAGGAGGAGGAACAACCAGGUGGGGUGGCUGAUGCCUAUAAUCUGAGAAGGAGGAAGAGAAGGAAAAGGGGAGGAGAAAAAGGAUCAGGAAGAGGAGGAACAGCCAGGUGAGGUGGCUCAUGCCUGUAAUCUGAAGAGAAGGAAAAUUGGAGGAGGAGGAGGAACAGCAAGGCGCAGUGGCUCAUGCCUGUAAUCCCAGCUUUUAGGGAGGCUGAGGCAGGUAGUUUACAAGGUCAGGAGUUUGAGACCAGCCUGACCGACAUGGUGACACCCUGUCUUUGCUAACAAUACAAAAAUUAACCGGGCAUGGUGGUCCCGCUUGUAAUCCCAGCUACUCGGGAGGCUGAAGCAGGAGAAUUGCUUGAAGGCAGCAAGUGGAAGUUGCAAUGAGCCAUGAUUGUGCCACUGCACUCCAGCCUGACAACAGAACUAGACUCCAUUAUAAAAUACAAAAUAAAAUAAUAAAAUACUAGACAACAUGGCUUCAAUCCUGGUAAAAAACCAUCUGCAUGAUAAAAGAUUAGGGUGGAGUGGCCAGCUUCUUUCACAGGCUUUACAAAUAGCAUCCCUGGUCCAACCAGUCUUUUGCACCCUAUGUAAAUCAGAUACCACCUCCUCAAGCUCCUCUGUAAAACCUGUAAAUCCAGCACUUUGAAAGCCUGAGGCCACUUGGGGUUAGAAGUUAGAGACCAGUCUGGCCAUUAUGGUGAAACCCCUCUCUACUAAAAAUACAAAAAUAAGCUGAGGAUAUGGCAGGUGCCUGUAAUCCCAGCUACUCGAGAGGCUGAGACAGGAGAAUUGUUUGAACCAGGGAGGCAGAGGUUGCAGUGAGCCGAGAUAGCACCACUGCACUUCAUCCUGGGAGACAGAGUGAGACUCUACCUAAAAUUACAACAAAAAACCUUCUUCAUUCACUGUGGAAGUGGCAACCCAUUUUCUCCAGGACUCCUCUCUGCACAGAGAGCUCUUCGCUUUCUUUUGUCUGUUAUACCACUCUUAAUUUCACUCUGGAGUGUCUGCAUUCAGUUUUCCAUGGUCUUGGAACAAUGAACCUGAGAUUUUACCCCAUACAAAAACACGGCUUCACAAAUACAACUUCAAAACCCGUUUUUGGCCAGACACGGUGGCUCAUGCUUGUAAUCUCAGCACUUUGGGAGGCCAAGGGGGGGCAUAUCACCUAAGCUGGCAGUUUGACACCAGCCUGACCAACAUGGAGAAACCCCACCCCUACUGAAAAUACAGGAUUAGCUGGGCAUUGGCAGGUGUGGGUUUCCAAAGGCAGAGAUAAAUUCAGGAAAGCAGAAGCUACAGGUAAAAUCGUGAAGCUGGCCAGGCAUGGUGGGUCAUGCCUGUAAUCCCAGCACUUUGGGAGGCUGAAGUGGGAGGAUCCCUUGGGGCUAGGAGUUUCAGACCAGCCUGGCAACAAAGCAAGACCCCCAUCUCUACAAAAAAAACUACAAAAAUUGGCUGGGCAUGGUGGUGCUCACCUGCCUGUAGUCCCAGUUACUCGGGAGGCUGAGGUGGGAGGAUCGCUUGAGCCCAGGAAUUGGAGGCUGCAGUGAGCUAUGAUCAUGCUAAAAACAAGGGUAUCAGAAAAUAUUGGAUGGCUGGUUGGAUGCAAUGGCUCUCGCCUGUAAUCCCAGCACUUUGAGAGGCCAAGGUGGAAGGAGCACCUGAGGUCAGGAGUUUAAGACCAGCCUGGCCAGUAUGGUCAAACCUCGUCUCUAUUAAAAUACAAAAAUUAUCUAAGCAUGGUGGUGUGUGCCUAUACUCCCCAGCUACUCAGGAGGCUGAGGCAGGAGAAUUGCCUGAACCUGAGAAAUGGACGUAGCAGUGAGCUGAGAUGGUAUCACUGCUCUCUAGCCUGGGCAAUAGAGCGAGGCUCCAUCUCAAAACAAAAAAAAAAAGGAAAGAAAAAUGUUGGAUAGCAUCUACAUCUCUGAAAAAGGAACAGAUCAGCAGGCAGAUGAAUAAGAUCUAAGAGUCUAUGAGUAAGACCUACAGAAAUAAGAAGAUGCCAAAUGUUUCCUGAGACCUCUUCAUGAUAUUUUUAAAAUGCAGUGAAAUACGUCUCUCGUGUUGACCAAAAGGUACAAUAUUUGAGUUAGAUGGGAGGAGUGGGUUUUUGAGAUAUAUUGCCCAUCAAGAGUAUUAUUCAUUACGAACUAUAGUUACUGAUAAUGUAUAUUUCAAAAUUACUUAAAAAGUAGAUUUUGGUUUGGCCCAGUGGCUUAUGCCCGUAAUCCCAGCUGUUUGAGAGGCUGAAGAGGGCAGAUCACUUGAGGCCAGGUGAAUCAGUUGAACCUGGGAGGCAGAGGUUGCAGUGAGCUGAGAUUGUGCCAUUGCACUCCAGCAUGGGUGAGAAAGCCACACUCCAUCUCAAAAAGAAGGUACAUUUUAUUUUAUUUUAUAUAUAUAUUUUUUGAGACAGAGUCAUUCUCUGUUGCUGAGGCUGCAAUGCAAUGGUGCGAUGUCGGCUCACUGCAACCUCCGCCUCCAUGGUUCAAGUGAUUUCCCUGCCUCAGCCUCCUGAGUAGCUAGGAUUACAGGUGUGUGCCACCUUGGCCAGCUAAUUUUGUAUUUUUAGAAGUGGGGUUUCACCAUGUUAACCCAGCUGGUCUUGAACUCUGCCUCAGAUGAUUCGCCUGCACCAGCCUCCCAAACUGUUGGCAUUACAGGCAUAAGCCACUGUGACUGGAAAAAUUAGACUUUAAAUGUUCUCACGACAGAAAAAUGGUACAUGUGUGAGAUGGUGGAUGUGUUAAUUACCUUCAUAUAAUCAUUCCACAAUGUAUACGUAGAUCAAAACAUCACACUAAGCUUACAAACAUACACAUUAUUAUAUUUAUUAAAAUAAUUAAGUUUAUCUCUUCAAAAUCAUUAAGAAGAAGUCCCAGCCAGGCUUGGUGGCUUACACCUGUAAUCCCAACCCUUUGGGAGACUGAGGUGAGUGGAUCACAAGGUCAGGAGUUCAAGACUAUGCUGACCAACAUGGUGAAGCCUUGUCUCUACUACAAAUAUGGAAAAAAUUAGCCAGGCAUGGUUGCAUGCACCUGUAAUCCUAGCUACACAGGAGGCUGAGGUAGGAGAAUUCCCUGAACUUAGGAGGCAGAGGUUUCAGUGAGCCAAGAUCACACCACUGUACUCCAGCUUGGCUCCAGCUUGGACAUCAGAGCAAACUCCAUCUAAAGAAAAAUAAAAAAGAUAUUUCAAACUUGUAAUUUUACCUCUUGGAGCCUCAACUUCUCAAAUUUGAGAUGAGGUUUCAACGUGUGGGUCAGGCGAGUCUGAAGUCAUGACCUCAGGUGAUCCCACCCGCCUUGACUUCCCAAAAUACUGGGAUUUCAGGCCUGAGCCACUGCUGCUGGCUAUCCAUCACUUAUGCCUUUGCCUAGCUCAGGGAAUCUGCAUUUUUCCAGCAGAGGAAGCAAUCAGAUAUGCACUUGUCUCAGGUGAGCACAAGGAUGACUUAUAGUUCAGUAAAGUUCUUGGUGUGCUCACAAGGAAUUUCCUAGCAGGCAAAUUGGGUGAGAAAUACAUAGCUCUUUUUUUUAGUUGGAGUCCCACACUGUUGCUUAGGCUGGAGUGCAGUGGCACUAUCUUGGCUCACUGCAAACUCCACCUCCUGGGUUGAAGCAAUUCUCCUGUCAGCCUCCCAAGUAGCUGGCAUUACAGGAAGCUGCCACCAUGCCCAGCGAAUUUUUUGUACUUUUAGCAGAGACAGGGUUUCACCAUGUGGACCAGGCUGGUCUUGAACUCCUGCCCUCAGGUGAUCUACCUGCUUUGGCCUCCCAAAGUUAUGGGAUUACAGGCAUGAGCCACUACAGCCAGAACUCACAGUUUCCCAGGAUGGUCUCUGAAUGCCAUGAAACUCUUUUAUUUUUUGUUAAAAAAAUUUUUUUGACACAGGGUCUCACUCUGUUGCUCAGGCUAAAGUGCUGUGGCACAAUCAUAGCUCACUGUAGCCUCUAACUCCUAGGCUCAAGCAAUCCUACUGCCUCAGUCUCCCAAGUAGUUGGACCACAGGUGCCAGCCACCACACCUGGCUAAUUUGUUUAUUUUUUAUUUUUUUUAAAUAGAGAUGGGGGUCUUGCUCUAUUGCCCACACUAGUCUUGAACUCCUGGCCUCAAGCAAUCUUCCUCCCUUGGCCAACCAAAGUGCUGGGAUUACAAGCAAAACCACUGUGCACAGCCGAGAUUUUUUUGACUUAAUCUUUUUGUACAUGUGAUAUUUUAUUCAUAGAAUCCAUAAAUGGUAGGGAAAUUUCUGGGUUGAGGGAAAUAUAUAUGAUACAAAACUUGAUAUGUAGACUAGAGUUUCCUAGCUCAACUGGAGGGGCUAGUUUUAGGUAAUCCAUGGACUUCCUGAAAUUGGGGACACCACUGGAAAUAGGUGUGAGCUCAUGGACAGUUUCCUAUGAUUUUCAGUCCUCAGAAUGUCUCUUGGACUCAAAGAUGCCUUAGGGCAGAGGAUGCAUGUACCCCUAAUACAGAAUCUCAGACAGUGAAUGUCAGGAAACAUUCAGCAGAAAAGCUUUGCCAAAUUGAGUGCUUUGAUGUAACUUUUUCAUCAAGUCAGUGAACCUGGGAUCUCUUGUACAUAUUAGUCUCACUCUUGUAAGGUUGCAUCAUUUCUACUUUCCCUACUUUUCUUUGCCACCCUGCUCCCUCUCCUACCAGAUGGGACUCUGAAAUGUGCAUGUCCAGAUGAGACCCCAGCAUGCUUCAGGCUUUGAGUAGAGAGGACACAGCCUCUGCUGGGACAGGAAGCGAGGGAUGUGGAAACCCUGAAGAUGCUUUAGGACAAUGGUCUGAGGUUGGGAUGGUGGCAAAAGAUGCCAUUCACUUCGGAUCUCCAGGACAGGAGCUCAGGCUGGCAGUUACAUGUGUUUUUCUUCAAACUGGUUGCCAGGUUGGAAUGACCAAUGACAUCAGAGAUUCCACCCUUCCUGAUUGGAGGGAUUGAACUCUGUGGGGACUUUGAAACUCAGGUGGACAAACAGUAUCUUCUCAGAGCUGUUCUCCACUCCUGACUUCUUCCCAGCCUUCAGAAUAGAUAGCACAUUCUUCUGGUUCCUAGUAGAGUAUGGAGGAAGGCUUUGGCCACAACAGGAACUAGGUUCCCUGGGAGGGAACAGAAUUUGGGGGAGAUCAUGGCCAGCCAUCAAUGGCAACCCCAGGUUGAGGAGCAGAGCCCCCAGCCUAGCACCUCAGAGUACUCCCUCCCAGAGGUGGUGAACUAUGAAAUGCCAGGACCAUCAGGAGAGGGGACUAGAGGAAGAAGAGAUGAGAGAGGAUUGACUAAGAACCAGGAGGGAACAAGGGUAGGGGUUGGGGGUUGGCUCACACCUGUAAUCCCAGCACUUUGGAAGGCUGAGGUGGGCGGUUCACCUGAGGUCAGCAGUUUGAGAUAGCCUGCCCAACAUGGUGAAACCCCAUCUCUACUAAAAAUACAAUAUUAGCUGGGUGGUAGUGGUACGUGCCUGUAACCCCAGCUACGGCUACUCGAGACACUGAGGCAGGAAAAUUGCUUAAGCCUGGGAGGCCAAGGUUGCAGUGAGCCGAUUCUUCCACUGCACUCCAGCCUGGGUGACAGAGCAAAACCCCAUCUCAGAAGAAGAAAAAACAAAGCCGGGUGUGGUAGCUCAUACCUGUAAUCCCAGCACUUUGGGAGGUUAAGGUGGGUGGAUCAACUGAGAUCAGGAGUUUGAGACCAGCCUGUUUUCACCAACAUGGUGAAAACCCAUUUCUACCAAAAAUACAAAAAUUAGCCAGGUUAUAUGCCUGUAAUCCCAGCUACUAGGGAGGCUGAGGUAGGAGAAUCUCUUGAACCUGGGAGGCAAAGGUUGCAGUGAGCUGAAAUGGAGUCACUGCACUCUAGGGGAGAGAAUGAGACCCUGUCUCAAAAGAGAGAAAGAGAGAGAGAGAGAGAGAGA